GGGAAGGACGGCGGAGCCGCGCCGCUGCCCGGAGGAGGAACCUCGCUGCGCUCAGGUUGCCUGGCGGGAAGGCUGGAUCCAUCUUCACCAACCUCCAAGGAAGACCACGGGCUGUGCUCCAUCACGGUGCCAAGUGGGAACGAGACUGGCUCCCAGGAAGCAAGUCUGUCUCAUCAUGGGAGCCAUGUCCCCAGUUCUGAAGUUCUUGAAGCAAUAGAAAAUGUUAUUCUAGAUGUACUUACAAGUUUGGCCAAAAAACAAGCACCUGUGCUCAUGUUGGCUAACAGAUCAGAUUGGAGGAAUAUAGAAUUUAAAGAUUCUGUUGGUCUACAGAUGAUACCGUGUUGUACCACAAAAAAAAUAAGAAGUGACUGCUCUAAGUCAGCACGAAAAUUUGCUUUGAUUCUCAAAAUUUUAUCUAUGAUCUAUAAGAUGGUGCAGAGCAAUACUUAUGCAACUAAAAGAGAUAUAUAUUACACAGAUACACUACUGUUUGGCAGCCAGAGUGCUGUGGACAAUAUAAUCGAUGACAUUUCUUGCAUGCUUAAAAUACCCCGGAGAAGUCUACACAUACUGUCUACAACUAAAGGUUCUGUUGCUGGUAAUUUAAGUUAUACUGAGGAAGAUGGUACAAAAGUGAAUUGUACCUGUAGUGCAACAGCAGUCACUGUGCCGUCUAAUGUUGAAGGAAUUAAAAAUUUAAUCUCACAUGCAAAAUUUAUGCUUAUUGUAGAAAAAGAUGCAACUUUUCAGAGACUCUUGGAUGAUGACUUCUGCAACAAAUUGACCCCAUGUAUAAUGAUUACGGGAAGAGGUGUACCAGAUCUUAAUACACGACUUUUGGUCAGAAAGCUGUGGGAUACAUUUCAAAUUCCUAUUUUCACCCUUAUGGAUGCUGAUCCACAUGGUAUAGAAAUAAUGUGCAUCUACAAAUAUGGAUCUGUGUCAAUGUCUUUUGAAGCCCAUCAUCUCACUGUUCCAUCUAUAAAGUGGAUUGGUCUUCUUCCAUCUGAUCUCAAGAGAUUGAAUAUAUGCAAAGAUGCCCUGAUUCCAUUCACAAAACAAGAUCAAAAUAAAUUAGCAAGUAUACAAAAGAGACCUUAUGUUGCUUGUCAGCCAAUGUGGAAAAGAGAAAUGGAAAUUAUGGCAGCAUCUAAAAUGAAGGCUGAAAUUCAAGUUUUAACUUCUCUUUCAUCAGAUUACCUUUCCAGAGUCUAUUUACCAAACAAAUUGCAAUUUGGUGGCUGGAUAUGAAAACUUGUUUGCAAAUGAACUGUCUUCUUGAUACUGCUUUAUUUUGUAACAAGUGUAUAAAAGUACUACAUUUUUGCAGAAAAUCUGCAAAGAGAAGCAGGGAUUUCAGUUUCUUGUUCAUUUUCUUUAUCAUUGUAUCUAGCAUGUAAUUUUGAUCGACUCUUUCAAACUACAGAAGAAAUGACAGCUCUUUUACUGUUCCUUCCAUUCUGUGGCUACUGCGCUGUAACAAUUCCAAAGGCAAGGGGAGAUACCUAAAAAGAUAUUCCAGCAGGUUCUUCGUAGAGAUAAAACAUUGAGUUAUACUUGCAGCUUAAAAACGUGUCAAGGGCUAGCUGACCCUUGUGUCUUAAAGCACAGUGAAAUGAUGCUGUUAUACCAUCCCUUUCAUUUUUAUAGAGGUUAAAGGACUUUGUUAACAAGUUAUUUUAUGUGCCUGCUGUUAGAAAUUACAAGUGCAGAACCGUGAUAUUUUGUGUUCACUCUGAAUUUAG